AUGAAUUAAAUAUGCCAAACUUUUGGUCAUGAUUAAAGGAAAAUUCAAUAUAUAUGUUUACAGCCAUAAGAAAUAUUAUGGGCUUGUUCAUAAUGUUUCGAAGAAAAUAAAGAUCGAUAUGACUUCUAACCUAUAAAAAAUGUCUUAGAGAUUUUGGAAUAAACAAUUAAAGAGGUCAGAAAAAAUAAUAGUCGAAAGUAAAUAGAUGAAAUAAAAAAUCUCUUUACAGAAGUUUAAAAUUAAAUAGUAGAGAAGUUUAAUUAAUCUAUGCAAUUUUUAAAAGAAUCUUUUUAAUUACAGUAUGAUGAAUUACUUGGCUUUCUAAAGUUCUUUAACACAUUUGAGAUUGAUUAAUUAGAUUCUGAUCAUUAAGAAAACUUAAAAUACCUUCAAAUUGUAGUACAUUAAAAAGCAUCAUAGUAAACAAUAUUUGAAGUUUAAACAAACUUUAAGAUUGAGAGACUAAACAAUAUAAAAAAAAAGAUUAUAGAGAAUAUGAAAGAAUUAUAUGAUUAAGAAUUUGAAUUGUAUUUGGAGAGAUUAAAUAUAAGAUAUAAUCUACCAAAUGAAUUUAGGGAGUAAAUAAAAAAACUUUAGAUACCAGAAGAAUACCUAAUGAAUGAUAAUCUUAAAAUUUAAUAUUGUUUCAAUUUAAAAAAAGAUAAUAAUAUAUGCUACAAUGGUUAAUUAUAUAAUGAUUAGUUAUAAGGAAUAGGGUUAUUAGAAGUAGAAGAUAGAAAGAUAAUUUAUUAUGGAGCAUUUAUUGAUGGCCAUUUUACUAAUGGAAUAAAAUGCAAAAUAGAAGAGAAUUAAUUGUUUUUAGGAUCUUUUCAAUAUAUAAGUGAAUAUGAAUAUCAGAUUGCUCAUAAUGGAACAUUAAUAUAGGCAAACAGAAUGAGGUAUUAGGGAUAUAUUUAUAAAAAGAUAUGAUGGAAAUUUUGAAAAUGAAAUUCAGAAUGGAUAAGGAAUAUGUCAUUAUAAAAAUAAAGAUUAGUAACUUUAUUAAUAAUAUAAAAGUUAUUGUGGAGGUUGGAAAAAUGGUUUAUAUGAAGGAAAAGGAUAAUUAAAUAGUGAAGAUUAUGGAUAGUAAAUAUAAUAUGAUAAAUAGAAUUGAAGGAGAAUUCAAAAAUGGAAAAUUAAAUGGUUAAGCAAUUUUUUAAAAUGCUAAAAUUAAGUAUGAAAUUAUAUAUAUAUUUUUGAUAUGAAGGUGAAUAUAGAGACAAU